UUUCAGAUUUAGAUCUUUCCUUCUCAUCCCUUUGUUUAAAAGUAAAAUUUUUGUCUCUUUGUUUAAAGUAGGCUACAGCUGUGGGCCCCUCAAUUUGUGACUCAAUUUUGUGAAGCUUCUUGUGCUUGUGCUUGACAGCUUGUGUGCUGUGUCACCGUGCUCCAGGAUUUUCUUCUAGUUCGUAUGUUUAUGCCUAUCAAUAAAGCGCGGAGAGGUUUAACACAAGUUCAUUAUUUUUUAGAAUACCGAAAGCAAUACACAUCUUCUUCUGCUCUGCUAUUCCACCCACCCAAACCCAAUCCUUCUCAUCAUGGGUUAGGGUUAUUGGGCCCACCAGAAGUCCAUCAUGAUCAUCCAUCCUCAUCUGUUGAUCAUCAUCUCAAUAUCAAAGACCCCUUCAUGGAUUUAUUGCUAAGUGGCAGCUUUGAUAAGCAAAAAUUCAUGCCUCCUAUACCUUAUUUCGAGUGGUAUCAAUUUCAAUUUUGUCAUCCUUGCAUAGAUCUUUACAAUUGUGGGAACAAUCAACAGAGUCUGAAUGCUCUGAAAUUCCUUUUAGAGAAAUCUUGGAACCACAAUUCACUUACCACCCUCAAAAUUAUUUGCUUCUUGAGAAAAACAAUUCCUCCUAGGAAAGAUGGCAAAGAAAAGUUUUUUGCCUCACUUUUAUGGCUCUACAAAUGUCACCCUAAAUCACUAGCAUACAAUCUCGAGGUGUUUGCCAAAUUCGGUUAUUUGAAAGACUUGCUCGAAAUUCUUUACCGGCUCCUCUAUGGCUAUGAAAUUCGGAAAUAUGAAUUUUAUGAGAGGAGAGAAAUUACUGUGAUGAAGAAUUACAAAAAAGUAAAGCUGAAAUAUUCAAAAAUAGUUGAAGAACCACCCGGGGAGAAGCAAAUGACAAUGCGGUUGAGGGACCAGAAAAGAAUUCUAAUGGCAAAAAUGGCCAUUGAGAAAUACAAUAAUGACGAGGAUUAUCGCUUUUUAUAUGAACAUAUAUCCGAUAUCUUUGCUCGACUGUUAAAAUCCGAUCUUGAGUUCUUGAAUACUGGCCAGAUUGAUAAGAUUAGUUUGGCUGCAAAGUGGUGUCCUUCUCUUGACUCUUCUUAUGAUCGUUCGACUCUCUUUUGUGAGAGUGUUGCUAGAAAGCUCUUCCCUUAUGAUUCUGAUGCUGAGUACAGAGGGAUUGAGGAGGCUCACUAUGUUUAUCGAGUUCGAGAACGUUUGCGAAAACAGGUCCUUAUCCCACUUCGCAAAGCCUUGGAGCUGCCUGAGACUUACAUGAGCCGUCGCAAGUGGGACAGUCUUCCAUAUGAUCGAGUCCCCUUUGUUGCUAUGAAAACUUACAAAAAGUUAUUCUUUAAACAUGAUGACUGGCGAAUUUGUCGUCACCUUCGGUAUCUGAAGCGGUCGGUGAAGCCAAAAUUCAAUUUCAGCAGAUUGCUUCCUCACGAGAUUUUAAGUUUGUUGAACUAUGCAUUUGGGGAGGAAAUCGCAGAGUAUCAUUGGAGGAGAGUAGUUGAAGACUUCUCUAGCAAAGGAUGCUUUCACAACUGCAUUUCAGUCUUUAGUACUGCACCAUAUUAUAACUUCUCGAACUUUUGCUAUGCUUUUAGUCUUCUAACUUCUGAAUUCUGUGAGAGCCCAUGGAAAGGAAAAGUGGCUGUACGGAAUGCCUCAGAUGAUUUGGACUUUAUAAAGAUUGAAGGAGAAGAUCUUCGAUCUAAGCUCAAGACUUUGAAAUCUCAUGAUGACAUCUUUUUUAAUGUUUCGGAGAUUUUGUAUAAAGUCAUAAAUAUGGCUCUUGAAUGCAACCUGAGCACAGAUAAGAUGAUAAAGAAAAUUUUCAUUUUAACUCAUACUGGCGAUUUUGUUUUGUGUGGCGACGUGUCUACUGAAAUUGAAUCAAUCAGAAAGAAAUUUGAAAUGAAUGGCUAUGUGAUGCCAGAUAUAGUGUGCUGGAACUUGAAAUUUUGCUUGAUUCCUGAUGUGAUUUCAGCAGAUGAUAUCACAUUAAUAUAUGGUUGCUCAAAUGAUAUUUUUAGAGUAUUCCUGGAGGGAGAUGGAAAUUUGGAUCCUGCGGCCAUAAUGGAUGUAGAACUAUCAGGUGAAGAAUACAACAAACUCGUUGUGCAUGAUUGAUUCUUGGGGGGUUUUCUUACUAAUCCUGCGUGCUAGA